AUGCCCCGGGCCUUGGCUGCCGAUGAUUUUAAUAAUGAUGGUCGAUUGGACAUCGUAGUUGGCAAUCAAAAUGAAAAAUUUAUAACUUUGCUAUUCGGUUAUGAUCGAGGUGCUCUCGGGAAUAGUAUCGUUUUUGUAUCGGGCGAAGCUUCUCGUCUACAAGCGGUUGUCGUCAGUGACUUCAAUCAUGAUACGUGGCUUGAUCUUGCUGUCGCUAACUAUGGUACAAACGAUAUUGGGAUUCUGUUUGGUCGUAGCAAUGGUACCUUCGAACGACAGAUAUUAUACAGAUUGACCUUGGGCUCUGCUCCUUAUUCAAUUGCUCUUCAAGACUUUAACCAUGAUGGUCAGAUGGAUAUUGCCGUGGCGACUCGUGGUACUCAGAGCUUAGCACUGCUACUCGGUAAUGAGCAGGGCGUAUUCACUAUUCAAGCAAGUUACGAUAGUGGGAUCAGUAAUCCUCCAUUGACUCUGAUUGCUGCUGAUUUUGAUCAUGAUGGACGCUCGGAAAUUGCAGUAACGUAUGAGAAUACAGAUGACAUUGAUAUCUUCAUUUCACAUGAUACGGGAACAUUCACUUUCGAUAAUUCGUAUACUGUUGGUGCUCUACCUCAAUACGCAGCUGUCGGCGAUUUUAAUAACGAUAAGCAGCCUGAUAUUGUGGUUACGAACAUGUGGGACGGCACCAUCAGCAUACUUCUUGGUAAUAGCAAUGGUAGUUUCGCAACUCAAGUGGUAUAUUCAAGUGAUUGGUAUCCUAUAUUUGUAGUUGUCAGUGACAUUAAUAAAGAUAAUAUGUUAGAUAUUAUCAUUGCUUCUCGGACUGCAGAUCGAAUAAAUGUUUUUCUUGGUUACGGCAAUGGAACUUUUCGAGAUCCAAUGAAGUACGCUACUGGGAGUAUGCCAUACUAUCUCAGUGUAGGAGAUUUCAAUAAUGAUACAUACUUGGAUAUCGUAACCAGUAAUUCAAAUAGCAACGAUAUGAGUAUUCUGCUUGGCCACGGUAAUGGUUCGUUCAGUAAUCAAGUGAGAUAUCCAACCGGUUCACUUCCACAGUCUAUACUUGUUGAUGAUUUUAACAACGAUCAACGACUUGAUAUUGUUGUUGCAAAUACAAACAAUGAUGAUAUAAGUGUAUUUCUGGGCAACGGAAAUGGAUCGUUCCAAGCUCAAAACAAAUAUCCUACUGGUACGAGUCCGGUAUCCCUUGCUAUUGGUGAUGUUGACAAUGAUACACAAUUGGAUAUCAUAGUUGCAAAUAGUGGAAGUAAUGAUAUAAGUGUCUUGCUUGGCUUUGGUGAUGGAACUUUCAAAAAUCAAUCAAGAUAUUCCACUGAUUCUCAACCAAACUCAAUAAUCAUCGGUGAUUUGAAUAACGACAAGUUCCUCGAUAUUAUAGUUGCGCAUUCGGUUAACAGUAGUAUAAGUGUUCUGAAUGGUUAUGGUAAUGGUAUGUUUACUUCUCGAACGACGUACUCGACCAGUGCAGGUGCACUUUCUUCAGUUUUUGCUGACUUUAAUAAUGACAAACGCAUGGAUAUAGCUGUCAUCUGUUCGGGCGUGUCGAAAGUCGAUGUGUUGUUUGGAUCCAUCAGUCAAUCAUUUGUCAAACAAACAACCUUAAGAACUGGCAACGGAUCACGACCAAGAUCGUUAGUUACAGGCGAUUUUAAUAAUGAUAAUUACACAGACAUUGUGGUGGCAAACUCAGGUACAAAUAGCAUAGGUCUGUUCCUGGGCUAUGGAAAUAUCUCUUUUACCAAUCAAACAGCUAGUACUCUUGGUUACUCGCCAUGGUCCAUUGCUAGUGGUCAUCUGAAUAACGAUGCACUAUUGGAUAUCGUCGUUGCUGAUUAUUAUAAUGGUAGUAUCAGUGUACUCGUUGCAUCUGUAAAUACUUCAUUUGCACAGCAACAAGUAUUGUUAACCGGUGUCGAAUCAAAGCCAUACGCCAUUGUCACAGCUGAUUUUAAUAAUGAUAACUCGCAGGAUAUUAUUGUUGCUAACUAUGGCAGCAAUACGAUCAGUCUUUUCCUCGGCUAUAGCAAUGGCUCCUUCAGCAGUCGAAUAAAAAUUCCAAAUGGUUAUGGUACUAAUCCAUUUUACAUUGUCGUUGGUGACUUUAAUAACGAUUCUAAACUGGAUUUUGCCGCUAUCAAUGAGAGCACGGAUAAUUUAAAAGUUUUCUUACAAACUUGCUAG